AUGCGUAGGAAGAUAUUGGGACAUGAUUAUCGAGCUUGUCCGAAUUUAAAAAUUGAGUGGAAAGGUGAAUAUAUUAUGGAAGAUAAUGUUAUCUUUGCUGUCGAAUACGAGUAGAUGAUAAUAUCGUGUGCAUCAGCCCAGAUGUUAACUUGUGGUGAGUGGCAAUGGAUGUGCAAUAAUGGUGAAUGUAUAGCACAGUAUGAUCUGUGCAAUGGUAUUCCACAAUGUACUGAUGGAUCCGAUGAAGUUGAUUGCAAUAAAAGGCAAUGGCAGAAUAAGUAUAUUAAUGUGCCACGUGAAGAGCAGAUGAGAUCACCGAUACGAACUGGGUUGGAUGAGGUUAAUCCAACCAAUAGUACUAGUACGUCUGUUUUUCGAUCCACACAAUUUAAUGGAUGGCUUAUCGCUCUGGCUUCCGUACUAUUCAUCGUACUAUUACUAGUGAUUGUCUUACGAUGCCAACGACGACGAAAUGGUCUGGUUCAGAGUAAUCGGGCAUAUGGUAUAAGGAAAAGUUUAAAUGUGGGGCAAAAUAAUGGCGACGAUGAGGAUGACUUACUGAUAGGUUCACUUUAUUCCUAA